UUCCCCCUUUCCCUAUCACUUCUUUUCAACACACUUAAAUUUCUGGUGUUUGUGUAUUGACAAGACAUGUGCCAUAGCCCCCCGGGGUCCCGAACACCCACACCCCAGGGGUGGCCCAUUACACCCUGGUAGCCUGCCCAUCACUGUCAGGGUGGGGAGACGAUGCCUGAGGCCCUGGUCUCUCUGCUCCGGGAAAGAAGCCUCCCUCAUGCUCACUGGUUUCCCACCCUUUAGAACUGGAAGGCCGUCUGUGAGGCAGGGCUGGCUGUGCGCCUCCGCAGCCGCCUCACACACUUCUCCUGUCUUGUUGGCUGCUUGCGGAGUCCUCCUUCUUCUCCAGCGUGUUCUGUCCUCCACACUUCUGGGUGUCUUUGAGAACAGCCCUUUGUUCACUAUCAAGAGGAAUCUGCAGCCUCUUCAUUUGGAUGUUGCCUCCUACUCUGCCAAAGCCCUGCUCAGAAAAGGAAUGGAGAGCCGGAGAGCCGAGGGGGGUGGGCAGCAGCGGGGACAGUACACAGACUCUGUAUGGAGGGGUGAGGCCCCAGGCUGCAUUGCUGCAGGCUAAGUGGCCUUGGAGCUGUGCGAGCCUGUGACCCGGCUAAUACAGAGUUUCGGUAAGACUAGAAGAUUCUGGGUCCUUUUCAGUGAUAAAUGUCUUUGGGUAGUAAAAUAUUAGAAGUGGUUUUUUGUUUGUUUGUUUUUUCUUUUUUUCUUUUUUGGUUUUUCGGGACAAUGUUUCUCUGUGCAUCUUUCGAGCCUGUCCUGGAUCUCGCCCUGUAGACCAGGCUGGCCUCAAACUCACAGAGAUCCUCCUGCCUCUGCCUCCCAAGUGCUGGGAUUAAAGGCCUGCACCGCCACCACCCGCCUGUUUGUUUUUUGCUUCUCUGUAUUUUGCAAAUAAUCUACACAAGGAUUACUGCGGGGGUGUUUGUGUCGUGUGUGUUCACACGCACAGAGUUGGUAAGUCUACAAAGAAACGCAAACAUUUUUUAAAAGAAGAAAUGAAACAAUUUUUUAAAGUCAAACAAAGGUAAGGGGUGGGGUGGGGGGGCGCAGCUGGAAAUCCUCAAUCCAACUACAGUAGUUCUGCUGCGACAGCAUGAGGUCACCGCCAGGUGGAACUCUUUGUACGCUCUUCUGGCGCCAUCUGCUGAUUAUUACAGGGAGGACAGCUUAAUUUGGUUUGCAAAGGAGCCCAGAACUGCAGACGCAGUGAACAGCAGUGGGAUCGCACUGAAGACUGCAUUAUGUUUACAGGCAACCUUACCUGUCCUUACCUACAGAACUCACUUUCAAUUUUGCUUUUCUGUAGUGAUCACUCCGGAAAGUUCCAGUGUUUAAGACCUGGGGACUGUCACCCCUACCUGUGAGCUUCCCACCAUGGGGUGGAGGCAUGAUUUAACCCCUCCUCCUCACUGCACUUGAGGCCUCUCAGGUAGUAAGGGCCCUCAGGGAAUAGACAGCUCUACCUCCCCAGUUCUCUCAGGUCUGGAAUCUAUUGGCCUUGGGGCUAACCUUGACCUUCAAGUGUCCCUAGGGACCCCAAACAGCCCAAAGUCCUGCAAAGUCCUCAAGUCUGUCUCUCUGCUCACUCAGUCCUGCUUUUCCAUCUAACCAGGAGAAGCCCAGCAACUCUUCCACCUUGAUGGACUCCAGCUACAGGGCAUAAGAAUGCAGGCAAAUGCCAGUCCUUCUUAACUGCUUCUUCCCCUAGAGGCUGCCUGAAAGAGGCCCCUGGCCACUGGAGGUUUGUCUUAAGGGGCAGGACAACAGAUGUGUCCAGCAAGGCUUCCUUAAGUCGCCUUGAAUGCGGGCAAUGGAAGACGCCCAAGCUGUAGUUCUGAGUAUUGUUCUCAGGUCCUUCUUAACUUCAAGAUCUUCACGUGGUUUCAUCAGUGAAGAGUAAUGAGAAGCUCCAAUCUUCCAGGAUGGAGGAGUGACCCGGGAGUCCUUGAUUGGUCCUGCCGCGGAGGGAAGGGCUGCCCUGUUUGGAGGGCGGUAGCGAGGCCCCCUCCCCCCAGCAGCGCCUAUAUAGCUGAGUGGUGGCCUGGAGAAAGUGUUCCGGAGCAGUGCGGGCUCCAGGCUCCAGAGGUCACAGUAGCAGAGCACUGAGGUAUGUGGCAGGGGUUUCCCAGACCCAGUGGUGGCUUGUGACUUCCCUUCCUGCCUCGGGAUCCCAGGCAGGGAAGCUAUGAGCACCUCAUGUCUAGCUGCCCCUGCAUUCCUAUGUUCUGAUGCUCCUGGGAAACGCUACUUCAGGGCUAACUGGCGGGAAAUUUGCUUCUGCUUUUAAGCCCUUAUCUGUGAAAGCUAAGUCCCUUCUCAAGAAAUCUGUGCUUUCAUUUUUUAAAAAUGUUUGACUCACUCUUAGAAUUCUUCCAUGAUAUUACUCUUAUUUAAGAUUUCUCCUACCACGAUAUGGUCUGAUAACAUGGGGGUACAGUCCCUAUUGGAAGAUCAAUAAAUAUUUACUUCAUACUUGGUCCUCUUUGGGGAAAAGAUGGUUUGAGUUCAUUGUGAUUGGGGUGGGAGGUGCUAGAGGCUGGGUACUUUACCCAACCAAGGGCUGAGACUGGCAGUGCCCACGGGGAUGGGGCAGUGAAGCCCCUCUGCAUCCUCCAGAAGUGACAGGGUAUGCUCGUAGGCUGGGAUGAGCUUGGGUCUUCUUUUGGUUUUGUUUGUAAAAUAAGCAUCAGUGUUACCCCAGAGUUACUCACCCUAACAGGAGCAUCGGGCCUGUCUAGGGAUGUUGCAGAGAGCGGGGGAGGCAUGCUUGCUGUGGCACUCCAGGGACCCACAGUAAAAUCUCCAUCUAGGUGAUAGUCCCGCCCCAUUGUGCUGUAGGAAUCUAUGUCCCUGGUCAAGGUAGACAAAGGGCUUGAUGCUGGAAUACUCUGGUGCUGGCAUUCAGGGUGGAUUUCCACAGUAACUAACUUCAGGAGCAAGAUGUCACAGCUGACACAGCUGGAGAUGACAGGGAUGAGGGAAAGUCCCUGAGAUCAGCAGCUCUUUGGACCCUGGGAUAAUCUUGGCAGUCUCCCAAGUCUUGCUAACAUCCCUUUCCUCUAAAGCAGUGGUUCUCAACUUGCUUAAUGUUGGGACCCUUUAAUACAGUUCCUCGUGUUGUGGUGACCCCCAACCAUACAAUUAUUUUGUUGCUACUUCACAACUGUAAUUUUGCUACUGUUAUGAAAUGUAGUGUAAAUAGGUGAUGCACAGUUUAUCUGAUGUGUGACCCCAAGGGGGUCUGGACCCACAGAUUGAGAACCACUGCUCUAAUGUCUCUUGAAACCCCUCAAAUAGCCCUGAUUUCUGUUUGGUUUAGGAGCCAUCAUGCCCCCAGCAACACAAACCAUUAGCAGCACCUGCCCCUGACUUCCUCACGGGCAGUGGGGACAGUUAAUGGUGCAUGCUCUCAGAAUCAACGUUGAAUUCAAACUGGCCACCUACUACAGUGCAGCUUUGGGCAAAUUACUUGAUAUCUCUGAAUCCCGGCGCAACUUCUUAUAAAAAUUGGAUAAAAGUACUUUCUCCUUGUGAGAAUUAGAUCUCACAGAAGGGCUUGACGUAGUGUGACUAGAAGCUAUUAGGAUGAGCAGAGGGCAUAUUGUCCCCUGGAUGAGAUUGGGGAAGUCAUCAACAGCACAUUUUGAUGGUGAUGUAGGAGGCCGGGACCCCUGGCUGCACGUCCAUUCUCCUCUCAUUGAUCCCUUUAGAAUCAGCAGCCAUUUCUUAGAGUAGACAGAGGAACAUAAUGGGACAGUGCCACCUCGGGGCAACGGAAAGUAAGGAAAACUGAAAAUACAGCCCUGAUCAGGCCCUUUGGUUCCAACUCUUACCUCCCAGGGGUCGUUGCCUUGAAAGGCCUGGGCAACAAAAGGGAAAGCUGCCUGCAUUGUGCAUCUGUUUUCCUAUGCAUGGUCAACAGCUUUCUAAUCUUCUCAUCCGCCCCAAACAGCAAAGAUCAGACCAAGUGGAGAAAUCCCUGGGCAAAACAGAGAAAGCUACUAGGAAGUUGGCCCUAGGCAGCCUGUGCAUGCGACAUCAUUAUGAGCUGAGGCUUCCUUUAAAAUCUGUCACCUCUUGGAGGGCAGGAGUCUGAGGCCUGUGGGGAGGGUGACAGCCCAGCCUUUUCCUUGCAGAUUCUCACACCAUGACGAACCGCCUGGGCACAUGGGGGCUGGCCAUCUUCUGCAUGCUGCUUGCCAGCCACUUCUCCACAAUCAAGGCGAGGGGCAUAAAGCACAGGUUCAAGUGGAACCGGAAGGCCUUGCCCAGCAGCGGCCAGAUCACUGAAGCCCGCGUGGCUGAGAACCGCCCGGGAGCCUUCAUCAAGCAAGGGCGAAAGUUGGACAUCGACUUCGGAGCAGAGGGCAACAGGUACUACGCGGCCAACUACUGGCAGUUCCCAGAUGGGAUCUACUAUGAAGGCUGCUCUGACGCCAACGUGACCAAAGAGAUGCUGGUGACCAACUGCAUCAACGCCACCCAGGCGGCCAACCAGGCUGAGUUCUCCCGGGAGAAGCAGGAUAGCAAGCUCCACCAGCGAAUCCUCUGGCGGCUGAUCAAAGAGAUCUGCUCCACCAAGCGCUGCGAUUUCUGGCUGGAAAGGGGAGCUGCACUGCGGGUCACUGUGGACCAGCCAGCAAUGGUCUGCCUGCUGGGUUUCAUUUGGUUCUUUGUAAAAUAAACAGCAACGAGGCUGGCAGCCACAGAGGUAAGCCAGUGGGCAAAGCUGGGCAGAGGUACCCCAGUUCUCUCUUUCUAGCCCCUAAGUGUCUGAUGUGUGACGAUUCACGGCACUUCAAAAGUCCCUCCCAAGUACUCCCCUCCCCACCGUGUGUUUAAUAAGGUGUUUCACUGUCCCCAUGCCCCACCCCUGUGGGACCUGGCUUGCUCCCACUUUUGCAGCUACACUAGGUGAUAAACCAGCGAAAGAACACAGAAACUGUGCCGUGCUCUGCACGUGAUUCCCCACCUCGUGGACUGAGCCAGGAAACUGAGGUUUACAUUGCUGAAGUCAUCUUCCAGUACAGACAGGAUGCAGCAGAGCUGGGGUUCCCCUGGUCUGUCUCCCCUCAGGUUUUCUGCUCUGUGUAGCCUGAAGCUGCCUGGUGAUCACUUCAGGACUCAGGUCCUAGUCCAGGCCUGUGUGUGGAGUGGAAGUCACACCCUGAAAUAAGUGGGCAACAGCUCCGCACCUUGACACCUGACAGUGAGACUGAAAUAUUAUAAAGAAGUUAAACUGAAGGAGACACUACACUAGACAAAGGUUCAGAAAUCAGAUUGUAGGGGAAUUUGCCACUCACCCCCAGAGAGCAACUUCAGAGCGGGAUGCAUUUGUAGGGCUAGAUACUGCUUCACAAGGAUUGGUGUUUGCUGCUCUGGUCCCUGCCUGCAAUGAUCUGCAGAGUUAAGAAACCCCUUGUAAAUGACACAUUUGCAUCUUACUUUUUUUUUCUUUCUUUGUUUUGUUUUUCUAGAUGGGAAUUUAUGUAGCCCAAGUUGACCUCAAACUCAGGAUCUUCUGGCCUCUGCCUCCUGAAUGCUGGAAUUACAGACAUGCGGCCAAGUCCAGAUGCUUGUUUACCUCUGAUGUCCCCUGGUCCUGUGUGUGUGUUCUUGGGUAUCCUGUGAGCAUCUUCAAACAUGCUCCCUUUGUACAGAGCUCUCUGCAAUAUAUAUGACUAUUAUUUAAAUUUUAAAAAAUCUAACCUUUGAAGAUCCUUCCACGGGCCCUCCUCCCCUUUUGGGGGGCCCCAGGAGUUGCUGAGGGUGUAUUCUCUUUUGAAAGGAGCAUCUGUGGGGGCUUAGUGGGAACGUGUGUUGUCAAAGGAUUCAUCUGCAGCAUUUCAGAACAUGAGAGCUGAUAACAGUACCUCAUGUGCUGAGUUCCCACUGCUUCAGUUCUUCUCAAGGACAUCUCUGGGAGGCUUCACAUGGUAAAGGGCCUUGAGGCGGGCAGCCCAAGGACACACGGCCUUCCACGGGACCUUUCACCACUGGUCAGACAGCGCAGAGAAACCAGCCCGCUGCUGCACUUUGCCGCCAACCCGAGACUCCUCGACUCCCGACGUCUGCUACUCCUAAACCAGAGAGCAAGGAGAAGCCCUGAACACACAGUUUCUUCUUUGCAUGCCAUUUUAAAUAGCAGGCAGUAAAGAAAGAUGGUUCUUAGAUGGUGAUGUUGGUGUUUCAGCUCCUGGCUCAAGGCUUAAUUACUAGGGUGGGCGCACAAAGCUGUUGGCUACCAACUUCAUUUUGAUGUGAAAAUGCUCAGACUGGACAUAGUCCAUGCACCGUGAUUACUGUGUUCUCUCAUACCACUGCUUGUCACACCCAGCGAACCUAUCAGUGGCAGCAAAUGAAUGUUCUUGUGGGAUUUGACUGCGAAUUUUGCCUGUUAAUUUUUUAGCUGAGAUAUCCUUGCUCUUACAGAUCAAAAUGAGGAGGACAUUCGAGUCUGGCUUUGACUUGGCCAAGAGUUUACUGGCUGACCAUUAAGAACAGGGUCCCUAAUGGCACUUCUAGAUUAUUCUAGUAGUGACUUGAUAACAUGAACAAUUUCACCAGCCAUUGUUUUCUUAUCCCUUCUGAGCGUUACCAAGUUAGUGUGUGUGUGUGUGUGUGUGUGUGUGUGUGUGUGUGUGUGUGUGUGUGGUGUUGGUGCUCAGGCAAGCUGGGGCAGAGUGAAAAGCGGCCGCACUUUCACAUCCAAUUACGUUAAUGCCUUUCCACUUCCCCUGACUCCCCUCUCCUUCACUCACUUGCAAAUGCAAACGUAGAAAGUUGCAAUUCUAAUACAGGGCGCUGGAUACCCUAAAGCUUUACUUAACUUCAUUUAGUGCUUUCUAUCCAUUUUUUAAAUGACUUUUGUUUUCUUGUUUCUCCAGCCCCAUCUCCCUCCUUCUACCCUGGUUUGAGACCUGUACCCCUUUGCUGUAUUUAAAUAUAAAGACAAGGGUUUUUAUUUUGCUCCAUUACAGCCUUUAAAACACUGUAAUCAAGUGUAUAAUAUUUGUUUCUCUGAAGUUUGCCUUCCUGACUUAAUAGAAUGCCAUUAAACUCCCUGGAUCACUACCUAACUAGUAAACAUGUCCUUCAGGAUGACUGCGAAAUAUUCCACAGCACAGAUGUGCUG